AUGGAGAAGCUGUCAGGGAAGGACAAGGAGCUGAUAAGAGGCAGCUGGGAGAGCCUGGGCAAGAACAAAGUUCCACAUGGUGUCAUCAUGUUUUCCAGACUGUUUGAGCUGGACCCUGCGCUGCUCAGUCUUUUCCACUACAGUACAAACUGUGGCUCCACACAAGACUGCCUCUCCAGCCCUGAGUUCCUGGAACAUGUCACCAAGGUGAUGCUUGUGAUCGAUGCAGCAGUCAGCCACCUGGAUGACCUUCACUCCUUGGAGGACUUUCUCCUCAACCUUGGGAGGAAGCAUCAGGCAGUGGGAGUCAACACACAGUCAUUUGCUGUGGUGGGUGAGUCCCUUCUCUACAUGCUGCAGUGCAGUCUGGGCCAGGCCUACACGGCGCCGCUGCGUCAGGCCUGGCUCAACAUGUACAGCAUCGUGGUAGCCGCCAUGAGCCGAGGGUGGGCCAAGAACGGCGAGGACAAGGCCGACUGA